GUAUGUUCCAUAUUUUUAAACAAAAGAGGAAGGAAAACAAGAAAGUUUGUUUGUCGACGCAUUAACUCUGCCAGGUUCGCCUGCCUGUUCCAAGCCAGGAGAAAAGAGGAGGAUGAAUAACAUCAUUUAUUACCGAAGAAAAGGAAACGUAUUGCUGCUUGUACUGUAUAUGGGUAGUAUCUUUAAAUGUGUGAAUUGUGAAAAACCGGUGUGGGUUCAUCGUGUCAAUAAAUGUCCCCAUUACAAUAAUUUAACAGCAUGGAUUGAAGCUUCAAAGAGGCUCAAUUGUUUUCAUGAUUUGAGAUCCGCAGAUCCAAAGGAGCAGACCAGAGUUUAUCAUUGUAUUCCUAGUGUGUUUCUUAAUGAGACAGUUGAGUUUUGUGGAAGAAACGAACCAAUACAAGCAGGGAAUUGUCCGAUAUACAACUACAGAUACGCAGCCAAUGCCUCUCCAAGCUACUACAAUUGUACAAAUUUUACCUCCGGCUGUCCUUCCAAAAUGUACUUUUCAAAAGAUGUUUACAAACACAGAGAAUGCAUCGAAAUUGAUGAGACCAAAAGAUGUUAUGUUGCUGAGGUCUGCAGCCACAAAAGUGAUGAUGGAGACAGGAGAACGACGGGGCCGAUAACAACUACGACGAAAAGCACCUUGUCUGAUGGUCAGAAAUGUGAUACAGGGAACACAUGCAUAAGUAUUUCUGCAGCGGUAGCAGCCUUGUUGAUCAUCAUAUUAAUUCUGUUCACCAUCGUGUAUAUUAGAUAUAGACAGAAAAGGAAGAGAAAACAUGGGGCAGAUACAGUAAAAGAAGAAUCCCUCCCUUUGUUGGAAAAAGCAGAUGAUGGCAAAAGAGAUGCCAGAAAAGUCAAAGAAUUGCCUGGACUAUCCGCACUCAAAAGAUCUGCAGAAUUCUUUCAUUUUAAUCAAUUUGUCACCGAACUAUCUACACAAAUUAACAGGGAGAACAAAUUACAAGAUUUAAAGAGACUUGCUCUGGGUGUUGAGGUUACACAUGCAGAGUCUAUAAUCACUGCUGAGGAUUUUCUUAAGUUUCUUGUGAUGAGCCACUCUCUGCAUGAGAAUUUGAUAUAUCUCCAAGUGUUAUUUUUCCAUGUGAAUGCCAUGAAUCUUGUCACUCUUUGUAUGGAAUUUGGGGAAAACCAUCAUCUAUUAUAUCUCGAAUUGAAGCAAACAUCUGAAGGUGAUGAGUACAUUAUUCAUCAUUCUGAGGCGUUCGAGGAGGCAGACCUUGAUUUACUGAGGGUUGCAGUGUGCAAAUUGUUGGAAACUGAUAGGCAAAGAAUUCGUAUUCAAAGCACAGAGACGCAUGUGGCAAAAAGAAUUUCCUUUGUAACUUAAUAAGGAUAUAAAUUAUAAAAUACUUAAAUCCGUCCAAUUUUAGUUCUGUUCAAAGAAACAAAAGAGCUUA